AGGGUUUGAAAAACAUUCCAGAUUUCAGCUGAGUUUUUGUAGCUGUGCAGACACAGAAGUUGCUGAAAUGUCCGGAGGGACAGCCUCAGCAAGCCUGUGACCUUCUAUGACAAACCAGACCAUGGCAUUUCAGAGGGGAUUUAGCUGGGAUUGUUAAACAUGUGCCAAAAAGAGAACUGCUUCUUGGAUUUUUUCAAUCAAGUAGCACUAUAUUUGGACUGGAAACAGCCUGUGGAUGAGCAGGAAUAACCAUUAGAAGGCAAGUGAAAAGUUUCAAGCAGAUACUACAGUCAAAGAAGAAACAACGCGAAGGUAUCUGGGCAAGUUUCCAUACUGACUGAAGCAACACUUUUUCCCAUGACAUCAGACUCAAAACAACCAAUAUAUUAUAGUCCAUAUGUUGAUUAAGGAAAGCCCAAGCCGUGCAGAGCCAUGCACCAGCCUUCUGAACAGCAGCUGAACAAAAGCUGGAUCGCUUGCAAGCCAUGGGAGUUAAUCAAACAAAUAAAAAGCCCCAGGUUUUCAGGAUAAGGCACCUGGGUCAGACUUCUCAGCACGAUGAGGUUGUGAAUCCUGAGUGUGAAGAAAGAAGGGAACUCAGCCAGACCCAACUGGGAAGAAACAUUCUGAACCUGGUGACAGGGACCUGUGUGCAAGACUGACAGAACACUUGAAGUUUUGCACUUCACACUUGGGCUCCUGCUGCAUAGGAAGUUCUAAUGGUGACAGCAAUGAAAGGAAACAGCCUUUCCGAACUCCUAGUCUCACAUGAAGUACCAACUAUGCUAAAGGCUGCAGAAACACAUGGCCAUGGAAAGCCCCUGCCUCAGAAACCUAACAGUGUGCAACCUCCCAGUGAUGAAAUAGAAAUGGUUAAUGCAUGGUUUGCUGAGAGAGUUCACACCAUCCCAGUCUGCAAGGAGGGAACCAAGUCCCAGAGUGAAGCCUGUGCUUGUCACCAGCCUGCCUGUGCCGAGACCACCAACUCUGGGACGCCAGUGAGGAAAAUCUCCGCUUCUGAAUUUGACAGACCCUUAAGGCCUAUUUUUGUCAAGGACUCUGUAGGAGCAGUGAGCUUCCUCUCUGGCUCUGACAAGAAGGAACAGAUGCCUCUGCCAUCUCCAAGGAUUGAGACCAGUGCAGGGGAUCAGUGCUCGAGACUAUUAGAACUUGUGAAAGAUAUUUCUAGUCACUUAGAUGUCACAGCGCUUUGCCACAAGAUCUUCCUACACAUCCAUGAGCUGAUCGCAGCCGAUCGCUACUCCCUGUUCCUGGUGUGUGAGGACAGCUCCAACGAGAAGUUCCUCGUGAGCAGGCUGUUUGAUGUGGCAGAAGGAUCCACCCUGGAAGAAGCUUCCAACAACUGCAUUCGCCUGGAGUGGAACAAGGGCAUUGUGGGUCAUGUGGCAGCCAUAGGGCAGCCUCUCAACAUCAAGAAUGCCUAUGAGGAUCCAAGAUUCAAUGCAGAAGUUGACCAGAUCACAGGGUACAAAACUCAGAGCAUUCUCUGUAUGCCAAUAAAGAAUCACAGGGAAGAGGUUGUUGGUGUGGCUCAAGCAAUCAACAAGAAAUCUGGAAUUGGUGGCACUUUCACUGAACAAGAUGAAAAGGAUUUUGCAGCAUAUUUGGCAUUUUGUGGAAUUGUUCUUCACAACGCUCAGUUGUACGAGACGUCUCUGCUCGAGAACAGGCGCAAUCAGGUGCUGCUUGACCUUGCCAGCCUGAUUUUUGAAGAGCAGCAGUCUUUGGAGGUGAUCCUGAAGAAGAUAGCAGCCACUAUAAUAUCCUUCAUGCAGGUGCAGAGGUGUACCAUCUUCAUAGUGGAUGAAGAUUGUCCAGAUACAUUUUCUAGUGUCUUUCACAUGGAAUCUGAGGAAUUAGAGGAUUCAGCUGAAAAUCUGAAGAGGGACUAUGACACAAACAAAAUCAAUUACAUGUAUGCUCAGUAUGUCAAGAAUACAAUGGAGCCACUCAACAUCCCAGAUGUCUGCAAAGACAGAAGAUUUCCAUGGACAAAUGACAAUGCAGAAAAUGUAAGUCGGAACAUAAAGAGUUUGCUGUGUACACCAAUAAAAAAUGGGAAAAAGAAUAAAGUGAUAGGGGUUUGCCAGCUUGUGAAUAAGGUGGAAGAAAACUCAGGGAAAAUCAAGGCUUUCAACAGAAAUGAUGAGGAGUUCCUGGAAGCAUUUGUCAUCUUUUGUGGCCUGGGGAUCCAGAACACACAGAUGUACGAGGCUGUAGAAAGAGCCAUGGCCAAACAGAUGGUGACACUAGAGGUUCUCUCAUACCAUGCUUCUGCUGCUGAGGAGGAAACGAGGGAGCUGCAGGUAACAGUGGCUGCUGUAGUGCCAUCUGCACAAACUCUCAACCUGACUGACUUCUACUUCAGUGACUUUGAGCUGUCAGACUUUGAAACAACACUGUGCACAAUUCGAAUGUUCACAGACCUCAAUCUGGUGCAAAAUUUCCAAAUGAAACACGAGGUUCUCUGCAGAUGGAUUUUAAGUGUGAAGAAAAACUAUCGGAAAAACGUUGCUUAUCACAAUUGGAGACAUGCCUUCAAUACAGCACAGUGCAUGUUUGCUGCUCUGAAAUCUGGGAAAAUUCAGAGCAAACUGACUGAUUUAGAAACGCUGGCUUUGCUAAUAGCAACUCUGAGCCAUGAUCUGGAUCACAGGGGUGUGAACAACUCUUACAUACAAAGAAGCGAACAUCCACUGGCUCAGCUAUACUGCCACUCGAUCAUGGAGCAUCAUCAUUUUGAUCAAUGCCUUAUGAUCCUGAAUAGUCCAGGAAAUCAGAUUCUCAGCAGCCUUUCCAUUGAAGAAUAUAAGGCUACACUGAAAAUGAUAAAACAAGCUAUUCUUGCCACAGACUUGGCACUAUACAUCAAGAGGAGAGGAGAAUUUUUUGAACUUCUAAGGAAGAAGCAGUUUAAUUGGGAAGAUCCCUCACAAAAGGAGCUAUUUCUAGCAAUGCUGAUGACUGCUUGUGACUUAUCAGCCAUAACCAAACCAUGGCCAGUUCAGCAACGGAUUGCUGAGCUUGUGGCUACUGAGUUCUUUGAUCAAGGAGAUAAAGAGCGGAAGGAACUCAACAUAGAACCCACGGAUCUAAUGAACAGAGAGAAGAAAAACAAAAUUCCCAGCAUGCAGGUUGGAUUCAUAGAUGCUGUUUGUUUGCAGCUGUAUGAGGCGCUAACACAUGUGUCAGAGGCCUGCUCCCCUUUGCUGGAUGGCUGCAGAAAAAACAGGCAGAAAUGGCAAGCCUUGGCUGAGCAGCAAGAGAACCUGAUCAAUGGAGAAAGCAACCAAGGCAAACGGAACUGACGUGCUGAUUUCACCACCAUAAGCUCAAGUUCACGUAGGAGACACAGUAAUAGGGGAGUAUUGCAUUUUGCUAAACACUGUAUGAAUUUGGCUUAUGUUUUGCCACUGCUGUAUUAUUUUUUCCACAUUUCAAGAUUUAGCAUGACUGUGUAGAUGCCAAGAUUAUCUGAAGACAAUAUGUUUCUCUUAUCAACAUCUGACUGAGAUGGAAGAAGACCUGCGGGGUGGUUUUUGCUAUCCCAGCCCACAAGAAGGUACUGGUGCAGGCACUGACUGUGCCCUAGAGCCUGUUGCUUUACAGAUGUACAUAGUUGUUUAGUGAUCAUGUUGUGGCCAGUAUCAGAAAGACUACUGCAUUUUGCACCUUUUCUCUCCCUCCUCCCAUUUUGCUGUGUUAUAAAAGUAUUGAGCCGUCUUGCCUGUUCUCUUUCCAGAGGUUCAGAGGAAAGACUGGGACUCACUGUGGGGAGCCUAUUCCUAAUAAACUAUUGCUAACCUCUCUCAGAAAGCGGAACUGGGCUCUGAGGUGAAAAACCCUGAAGUCUGUGCACCCAAUAGAGUUUGGGUUUUUUCCACAUUAGAUGGAUGUCUUAGCAAAUGUGUUAUUCCAGCUGAAGAAAUGUCUAAGACCCCUGUGAAUUACUAGGCAAUGGGAGUCUCAUGAGUUCUGCAGUAGAGGUGUCUGAGCUCUCCACGCGCAACGGAAACUGCUUGAGACCAAUGAAAUGUCCCAACAUAACUGACAGGAUCCCAUGGAACAACAGCUCCCAUAGAAAGCUGCCAGAAGCACUCAGAGAAAUGGAAACAAAACAGGAUUGGUUUUGUAUGCUGGUUUUAACCUCAUUUGGAAGUUGAUUUUAACAUUGUCUAACCAACAGACUGGAUCACAGGCAGAAGAGAAUGACUGCAAGAGCAAGAGGUGAAAAGCUGAAUCAGAAUGAUGCAGGAAGGGCACACUCCUGGUGGCCACCAAUGACUGAUUCUUCAGACCAGUGUUACUAGGAAAUGGCUAUGACCACUCUGAAGAAAGUUUUAUGUUACUAUCUUGACAUUAGUUAAAAAUGAUUAAUCAUAGUGUCUUGAAGAAAUAGGAAAAAAAUAAUACCAAAAGCAAAAAUAGCCAAGAGUGUUACAGGGAAAUGUCAUCUGUAUGUGAGGCAUUAAUGUUCUGUAAAGUAAGAAAUCAAUUAACUUGCACUAUAAAAAGAGAAAUUGAUGUAUUAUUUAAGUGAAGAUAAUUAAUAAAAAUGGUUUUUAAUUGGGAAGCAAUUAAAUAAAAUAUACACAUUGGACAAAUCCCAAAAGAGGAAUACAAGGAGAAUACUACUUCUUAGAUGGACAGGAUAAGGAGAUGAAUGCCAUGAAGUCUAAAAUGCAUUAGCAGCACAUGCAACUUUGGCUGCACAGAGACACACAAAAUAUUCCAGUUUUUAAAUCUGUAAUAAUAAUUUUUUAGUUAAAAUCGGCAUUUGGCAAAAGUAGCCCAUUUGGCACUGGACUUUGAAGUGUGGGAAUUUAAUUCUAUCACAAUAAUCCAGGAAAUUCUAGUUGGAAACUGCAAUAAAUUCUUCGUCCCAGGAGAUUGUCAAGCCAACUUGUAAGAGCUGGUCUAAAAGGGAAAACUCCCUUUUUAUCAAUUUCUUCAUUUAGAUAAACUAUGCCAGAAGCUAAGAAAAGAUGAAGCAAAUGUUUCAAAAUGUUUGAUGAUACUGAGUUAGAGUCAAUAUUUUUUUAAAUGUAAAACAAGGUAUUCUGACAGUAGCAUUUCUGCCACCCUAAAUUAUUUGUCACUGAUGAAGUCCUAUCUCAGACUUCUCUAGUGAGCACCAAUAAUAAAUGGUUGCAACUAUGAAUUUGAAAACAUUUUUCUACAGAAGUAUUUCUCCUCAUUCUAUCCCAACAAAUUUAAAAAAAUUAAAAAAAAAAAAGGAGGGAUUGCAACACUCACUAAGAAUUCCAGGACUGCUGUUUUGCAGUACUCCAUAUGUGUAUUUCUGUGCAUACACAGUCUGCAGGUGACAGCAGCCUGACCCUGCCAACACAACCCCCCACAAAAAGGUUUUAGGUACUUUUGGAUAAAUAGAAAACUUUGCUUCAGGAUUUGCAUAGCCCUUGUAUAGUCUUUUCCUUGAGUGCUUGAGAUACUGAAAUAUAAUUAUUAUGCUGAUGAGAUAAAUAUUUAAUAUAAAUAGGAAUAAAAUAUAUGUAUAUAAAGGGGUAUUCUUGCUAUUAUGGUUGAGACUAGUAACUCAUGGUGACAACACAGCAAAUAACUAUGAUGAUAUCACAGUGUAUUGAUGUAACUUUGACAUUAAUAUUCCAGUAUUUCUUGGGUAUAUUGUGUGUUCAGCAAAGCUUUAUUAUAACUAAAUUUAUAAACGCUAUGAAGGAGUGCUGGAUUCAUACCUUUGACUUGAAAAAAAGGGCAUGAUGUUACAUUUUUUUAAAGGUUCACUUAAAAUGAACAGUUAUACAGUAUGUGCAUAUAUUUAAUUAUAUAUCUGUACACAUUUAUCCCAUAGAGUCUUUUCCACCAUAAAUGUUGGAACAUACAUCUAAACAUACAGUUCCUAGUAAAUAAACAUUUAAAUAUCAUAGCACACCUGUAUCUGUAUAUAUUUACACAAAACCAAAGCCUUUAAACUACUGGUUUAAGAACUUUAAAAGCAUAGAGUACUGUAUUUCAUGAGAUUCAGAGCCUUUACAGAGUGGUUUAACUCCGCCUGAAGGCAAAAUCACAGUGUGUCAUGGCUUUGUGAGACUCAAUUGCAGAAAGUGCUCCUUCCUUUUAUAAUGUAGACAGGGGACAAUAUGGGAAAAAAACCCCAAAUCCAACUUGGCUACAGCAAGUUUCCUGCAUCAAGUUCACUGUCUUCAGACUUCAACCUUUUCAAAGCCAGCUGGUGGAUUACAGCUAUGCAGCUGUCAUUAAUUUCAUCAUGAGCUAUAUCUCAUUAUUUCAGUCUGCUCUCAAAUACAUUACAUUGUCUAGCUGUAACAAUCAGUGUGGCUUACACAAGAAACCAGCUGAAAUGGAGUUUAUCACUGUCAGUUCAGCCUUAAAUCCAUUGAAACCAUUGUCACAUUUGAGAUUUAAAUCUCUGGGGACAAGAACUUGUCCCACUAAUCCUUAAUACUUCUCUCAAUGAGGACAACUAAGUUAGUAUCCUACUUGAUCUCAGAUACAAACAUGAUUUCUUUCAAACUCAUUCCACAGCACAGUUUAAUGCUUGAAGUACACAUUUACUUCUGGAUUUGUUCUGAAAAAAAUUACUUGUGUUAACACAAAAUUACUGAUUAAUCCUACCUCUUCUAAUUCCAACAUUGAAGCUCUUGAGCUGUAGGUACUGUUUCUCUUCCAAGAAAUUAGCCACACAUGCAAUAAUAGCUGUAGAAGGCCUAGGUUUUCUAUUACACCAUACAGUUAAAGAAAGUGGGGAGGAAAUAAUGUAAUGCUGACUUUGGAGAUGGUGUGACUUUAUAAUUAGAGGCAGUUUAUAGUUAAGAGCAGAUUACUCAUAUCUUCACUGUGCACAUAUACAAGUGAGCUACUGAUAAAAGGAAACAAUUAACUUCACUGAUGAUUAGCUGAUUUCUCCUCAGAAGAGAGAACCAAAGCCUCUUUACACACAUCACCCCCUGACAAUUGUAUGCAUCUUUUGAAUUCCAACCCAAUAAAUUUUACCUGGUAGAGGUAUGAACUGACAAAUUCAGGGCACUUAAUUAAUUCAUACGUAAGGUUUGUCAAAAUUACCAGGUAACUGAUUUUCCAACCCAUUAUACAGAAAGAUAAUGAAGAAUCAGGCCUAGGCCCUUAAAAUUAGAGGAGUGAUUCAGCUGCUGUCCCUUUGAGUCAAGCAUAAGAACACAGCAAAGACUUUAUAUGGAAAAAUGUUGCAUUGCUUGUAGUAAAUUCACAUGUUUUUAAAGGUUUUUAUAAAGACCUCAUAUUUCAAGCAAAUUUAUAUAGUAGUAUUCAUUCAGAGUCUUAUCUCUGUGAUGCUGCAGGUUUUUUCUUCAUGUUAAAUUACAUGCAGUUUACAUUCCACAAGGUUUUCAGCUUUAUUUCCUAGUUCCCUGCUGUACUUUUUCAGGGGCUUGCACUAAUUUAAAACAUAAGCUUGAACAGCAGAAUAAGUUUGGCCAGAGUAUGGUAAAUAAUGAGGGCUGAGUUUUUUGCUUUGGACUUUGACAGGAAGAAGAAACAUCACAGAAUCUGUCCUGGUAAUUAGUGACACUCACUAAAUGCAGCAAAUUGUGAUAGCAGGAUAUUUCAUCUUGGUCAUUGCGAGGUGAAUGGAAACUGCAUGGGAAAGUUUCUCCUCUACAUAAGGAAGGUUGUUUUCAUAGAGAAGCUAAAAUCUGAGUACCAGUGUUUGUAAAUGUGUAUUUAUGUGACAAUGCUCUGUAAUUGCUGGUUCCCACUGACUCCCACAGCACGAGUUUGGCAUGCCAGGGCCUCACGCAUGCUCAGAUGCCCACCUGAAGUCAAUAUUGUGAUUCCCAUUUACCUCAGGGGAGCUGGGUUGUGCUGUAUAGAAAGUGAAAGAAUGGGUCAAAUCCAUCUUUUCUUACCUGUAAAGAGGGACCAAGCCCUUAUCCUUGGUGACAGCUGCCUCGCCUGCUCUUUGCUGGUUCAGCUAUUCCCACCGAUGCCCAAGGAUGUACCUUACAGAUGUAACUGAAGUUAGAAUUUGAGUCCUCUUUGUAUUCACAUGGCAGACACCUGCAUGUGUCUCUUAAAGAAUGUAGUUUGAAAUGCACUGUAAAUAGUUUUAACAUACAUUCCUAUUAUAGUUUAAUAAAAACCUUAAUCACAGUCACUAGUCACUGAGUUUGUCCAUUUGUAUUCUUCUAUCUUUUAAAAAUACCUGAACAAAUAUAUAGUUUCUGGGCACAGUAUUUUUGUACUAGGUUAAGGGGUUUCUCUGUAUAUUAUGUUUUUGCCUUUAAACAGUAUUAAAGUCUUCUGAAUGUCAUGUGUUCUGUCUUGCUUCUGUCCUAUGACUUCUUAGAAUAAAGCUAGUUACAUUACUUAAGAGAAUCAUUAGCCCUACUUACCAUACAGCUGCUAGAGAACAUAAGGGUCAGCUUAUUUUAUUUGGUCAGAUUGCUGCUUAUUACUUAUUUCUUCAUUCUUCUCUUUGUACAGUUUUCAUGCUUUUUGAAAUAAAAAGGAUGAUGU